UGGGACCAAAAACGGCAGCGCAGGAGACCUUUUACUCUUUACUCUUUAGGCAUCUUCCCCCUCCGACUCCAUAUAUAAAAAUUCGGUCAUUUUCUUCUUCUUUCUUACCGGUGAGAGUAGAGUAAACUCUGUAAAGCAAAAGAUCUCUGAGGAUUCGUUGUCUCUUUAGGUGUAUGUUCUUCAGUUCCUUGGGUGCUUAAGUAAUGAAUGCUUGUUAAGGUUCCUCAAGUACGUCAUUGCCGGUUGGUGUAUUUGGAUUUAUACUGCAACUGUAAUGGGAAAGACUCCUGGAAAAUGGAUUAAGACCUUAUUUCGGGGGAAGAAAUCCUCCAAGUCUGGCUUUAAAGGAAGAGAUAUUCUGAAAUCUGCAAACACAGGAGAGUCAUUAAUUUCUUCUAAAGUGCCUGUCUCUGAUACACUUGUGGCUCCUCUGUUGAUCUCGCCACCUACUAUUGAGACUGGUUCUAGAAUUGGAGUGGACUCAAAACAGGGUUUAGCUGCAGAAUUACCAAAUGAAGGGGCUAAUGUUUUGUCAGCAAAAGAAGAUGGAAGUAUUCAAAAAGUUAUUGAUUUGGGUUCAGAAAAAGACCCUGAUAGAAUUCGGCAUAACCAAGCUGCCACAAAGGCUCAAUCUGCAUUUAGAGGUUAUAGGGCUCGCCGUGCAUUUCGAACCCUCAAGGGCAUCAUAAGGCUCCAAGCUCUUAUUCGCGGUCACUUGGUUAGAAGACAAGCUGUUGCUACAUUUCAUUGCAUCCAGAGCAUUGUUAAGUUUCAGGCACUAGCUCGAGGUCAGAAGGUUAGACGCUCUGAUAUUGGGAUUGAAGUACAAAAGAUAUGCAGCCAGGGAGUAGUUCUGGUUGCUGAUUGUUCAAAUUCAUCUGGAAUAAGUACAUCUACUCUUGUGAGGAAGCUCUCAAAGAAUGCUAUUAUUCAGGAGCUUUUGGCUUCAUCACCAUCUGCAAUGCCUCUACGCCUGACCUACAACCCAGGGGAACCUAACUCGGCCUGGCAGUGGCUUCAGCGCUGGACGAAGGUACUAUUUUGGCAACCCCACCAACAAUUAAAGAAGAAUAUCCAAUCAAAGUCUCGGACCAAGCGUGGCAGUUCUCAAACUGUAGAAACUGAAAACGGUGUUUUAAAGAGAAAUUUCAGAAAAUCAUCUAGUAUGAACACUGAAAAUGGCUCAAUUCGUUCUACUUCUGAGUUUGAGAAAUCCAAACGCAAUCCCAGGAAAGUUUCCACGUAUCCUGUUGAUUCUGUUCUUGAACAUCCACAAAAUGAUUUUCAGAAGGUAAAACGCAAUUUAAGAAAAAAUUCCAACUCCACAAAAGAAGUGACUGAGCAAUUGGAGGUUGAUAAUGAGAAACCAAAGCAUGGUCUAAAAAAAUCAUCAAAUUCUGCUGUCCCUGAUGUUCCAGUUCAGGGGACCAAUGAUUCUAUUGAGAAGAUGAAGGAUGUGUCCUUGUCAGUGUCUAGACAUUCUGAUGUUGAUACAAAUUUGAAAUUGCCAGAAGAUGAUGGUUCAUUUGAUGAGUUACUUGACCAUCCAGCAGCCGACUUUAAAUCUACAGAGAACAAUGGUAAAGUUGAAAAUAUUCAAGGGACAAAUGUGGAGCUCAACUCUAAGGAUCAUCAUAUUAGCAGUGAAAACCCAAAAAACAGCCAGAGAAGGGCCUCUUUACCUGCAAAAAUUGAUCAUCAAGAAAAUGUGUUACAUAGUACACAAAAAGUGCCUAGCUAUAUGACACCAACUGAAUGUAGCCCAAAAGUGCCUAGCUCUCUGGCACCAACUGAAUGUAGCCCAAAAGUGCCUAGCUAUAUGGCACCAACUGAAUCUGCCAAGGCUAAGCUUAGAGGACAAAGCUCCCCCAGGGUUUUCCAAGAUUCAGUUGAGAAGAAUGGUAUAACCAGGCGGCAUUCUCUGCCAUCUUCCAAUGGCAAGCCAAGUUCAUUGUCUCCAAGAGUAACACGACUUGUUCAAGCAGCUGGCAAAGGGGUAGUCAGACCGGACCGAUCCCUUACAUCUUCCCGAGAUGGUGGUGAUAAGGUGAUCCAAGCAGAGUGGAGGAGGUGAUUUUGCACUAUCCCAUGAAAAGUCAAUCAAAGAGGUGAAAGAAAAAUGUUAAGUAGGAUUCAUUUGCAUCAAAGAGUUGUAGAACAAUGAAAUGGAUGUCAGGUACUAAAUAGUGUGUGGUUUGUGCCAAGCGUGUUAAUUAAUUUUCUCACUUGUUGGGUUGUAGGUUGGUAAAUAUUUAAAGGUCCCAAGGCAUGGGUUGGUUAUUUUCAUGUUUUUUGUGAUGUACAAUUAAUUUUACUGUAUUUUUAACUCUAGAUAUUAAAGUGUGAGAAACUUCUAUUCAAACUUCAACCUUUCAAAGGUGUAGUUGAAAAAUCUGAUAUUAUAUAUCAGAGGAAAUAUCUUGCGUUACCAUAUUUACCCACUCUGAUGGUCUUGUUGAUUUACCCGAGCAAUCUUAAUUCUUAAA